AUGGGUAGCACCAGCAAUGCCUCUUCUUCAGAUUUAUUCUUCCGCCGCCAUGUGUUCCUGUGCUACAAGAACCCCGCAGUGUGGCCUCCGCGCAUUGAGGCUGCCGAGUUUGAUCGAUUGCCCAGGUUGCUUCACGCGGCCAUCAAUGCAAGGAAGCCGCAUAUUAAGAAAGAGACCUGCUUAACAAUAUGUGAGGGGCAUGAUGGGACUGAAACAUCAAAUGGGGAUGCAUUAAUCUUUCCCGACAUGAUCAGAUAUAGGAGAUUAACCCAUUUUGAUGUUGAGACAUUUGUUGAAGAAGUUCUUGUCAAGGAGGGAGAAUGGCUUCCUGGAAAUCCUGAAUCCUUAAAAGCUUCAUAUGUAUUUGUGUGUUCUCAUGGUUCCCGCGAUAGAAGAUGUGGGGUUUUUGGGCCUGUCCUGGUCAGUAGAUUCAGGGAAGAGAUAGGGUUACAUGGACUCCAAGGCAAAGUGCUGAUUAGCUCGUGCUCGCACAUUGGGGGGAGUAAGUAUGCCGGAAAUGUUAUUAUAUUCGGAUCGAGCAUCAACCGAGAAGUCACUGGCCACUUGUAUGGAUAUGUUACUCCGGAUGAUGUGCCUUUAUUGUUUCGCCAGCAUAUCAUUGCAGGGGAGAUUUUUGACUCACUAUGGAGGGGUCAAAUAGGUUUAUCAGAAGAUGAACAGAAGAAAAAGCAAGAACAAAGGCUUCAGGUGAACGGUGCAAGAAAUUUAGAAGGAAGCACGGUUGCAAGCCGGUGUCAAACAGAUGGGGAGAGCUGUUGCCAGGACAAUGAAGACUCUUGUUGCUGUCAGAAUGAUGUAUUAGAGGAAAGGAGAGAGCUUUCAGCUAAUAAGAACAGGGAGAAUCUGAAUGUGCUUUGUCGGAUGAACAAGGGCAAAGGAGUGUCAGGCAAAUUUAGUUCCAUGCCGACGUGGCUUGAUAGCUGGGAGCAAGAGGAUACCUAUGCUGCUCUUGCUGUUGUUUGUGCUGCUGUGUCGGUAGCCAUAGCCUAUAGCUGCUACAAACAGAUGAGAUGA